CACAACUCCUCUUUAAGUUUCUACUCAUUCUCUUUGCCAACUUUGAUCAAAAACACCUUAUAAUAAAUUGAUCAAGAUUCAAGGAGUUUUGGGUACCCAAUUUCUUGAUGAAAUGGGGACUUUGACUGCUUCUCUAGUAGCUCCAUCUAAGCUCAACCCUGAAAAGCAUAGCUCUCUUUUUGUAUACAAAACUAGAAGAAAGUCCCACAAGAAUCAAUCCAUAGUCCCUGUGGCAAGGCUAUUUGGACCAGCUAUAUUUGAAGCAUCAAAGUUGAAGGUACUUUUCUUGGGAGUUGAUGAGAAAAAGCACCCAGGAAAGUUGCCAAGAACAUAUACACUGACUCAUAGUGAUAUUACUUCUAAACUCACUUUGGCAAUCUCUCAAACCAUCAAUAACUCUCAGUUGCAAGGUUGGUAUAAUAGACUUCAAAGGGAUGAAGUGGUUGCAGAAUGGAAGAAAGUUAAAGGGAAGAUGUCACUCCAUGUACAUUGCCACAUUAGUGGAGGCCAUUUUAUGUUAGACUUAUUUGCUAGACUCAGAUACUAUAUCUUCUGCAAAGAACUCCCUGUGGUUCUGAAGGCUUUUGUUCAUGGAGAUGAGAAUUUACUAAAGAAUUAUCCAGAGUUGCAACAAGCUUUAGUUUGGGUAUAUUUUCACUCAAACAUUCAAGAAUUCAACAAAGUAGAAUGUUGGGGCCCACUCAAAGAUGCAGCCUCCCCCUCAUCAAGUGGGGUAGGUGGGGGUAUGAAUACAAGUUUUACAAGCAAUAGCAACAUCAAGUGGAAUUUACCAAAGCCUUGUGAAGAGACUUGUACAUGUUGCUUUCCCCCAAUGAGUGUUAUCCCUUGGCCUUCUACUACUAAUGUGGAAAAUGGGACCAUACAACAAGGCUUGCAAGAGCAGCAAAGCUGAAAAAAGACAGUAAUUCUGUUGCUUUAUUAUGUGAUUUGAUGUAAUUAAUUAAUUAAUUAAUUAUCAUCAUUAUAGGGUUUGU